AUGUUGUCUCCUACCAAGCGUUCAAGACGGUCACAACACCUCACCACCAGCUACCACAACCGUUCCUACUCCAGCAUCACAUCAUCAUCAGACGCCGGAACCUUUCAUUCGGCACUUGCUCAUCCUUCACAUAUGGAAAUGAGGCCAAUGUCACAAAAAAACCAUAAAACCACACGAACAGUCAAACGUCCUACUUCUCCAUUGAUACCCAUCCCCGCACCAUCACCAAAACUUGAAGCUGUAAAGAUGAACCGACAGGACUCUGGUUUCUCAACUGGCUCAAAUAACUCCCCACGAAACUCAACAUCAUCACGUCGACCCUCGCCGUCAAAAAGAGAGAAAGAGGGAAGAGAGGAGAAAGAGGGGUCGAAAAGAAGAAGUACAAGCUACACCUCCUCUCGACCCUCUACAACCAAGAAAACUUCCAAAUCAUCAUCCACCCCCGCCGCCCCAAGAACAUCAACCUCCUCAAACCGUCGUCCAAAUCUCCAAUCUCGCCAUACGACACAGUGCACUACCCAGCAAACAUAUCAAUACUUCCACUUCCCCUCCCUCUCCGACCCAGAACCCUCGGAUCCUAACAACCAAAUCCAACUCUCAUCACCAUCAGCCCGGGAAGAUAAGCACAUCCCCGCUCCUCCGGCAACUAUCCAGUACUGGACUUCAGACAACACUCGAAGACUAGAGUACGCCGCUAUCGACGCAGCAUCUCGAGGUGUGAGAGGCUUCUUCACCAAGCUUGUUCCGGAUUGUAUUCUUCCCCAGUCUUCAAGACGAACAAGGUUCUCGGAUGGCGAUGAUGGGGACGAUGUAGGGAGUGUGAGACGGUACCGCCUUCAGUUGCCGGAUGAGAAGACUACCCACUCAAGGCCUUCGACGGGGGAGGGCUUGUGGAGACGAUUCAGCUGGGGAAGAAGCCGAAGCCGCUAA